AUGGCAAGAGAAACGAAUGAACGUACAUCGUGUAACUUAUGGGAAAUGAAAAGAAAGUCAAUUAUCAAAUGGAUUAAUCCAUUUGUCUAUGUCUAUAUGUCUUCGCAAUAUAAGCAUGGGAAGUCUUUACAUAGUAAAUUAACCUGAGCAUGAGCAAAUGUCAAAUUGGUCAUAUUCCCCUAAGAACUUUCAGCGGCCUUCGUGGUCUACGUAGCCUGGAUCUUUCAAAAAAUCUAAUAAUACACUUGGACAUUCGAAUCUUGAAGCCAUUGAUAUUUUUGCGAAAUUUAACCUUACAUGGUAAUCCUUGGGUCUGCGAUAAACUCAUGCAGGAUUUGCAGGCAUAUACGAAGAUACGUCAAAUUGCAUUGGAUGACGUUUGUCAGAAAUAUAUACAACCACGAAAAUUUGAGAAGAUGAUUUCCAUUGUUCAAAAUCAAGAUAAACCCGAUGAUAUUAAUAAUUAUAACGAUUCUUAUUUCUGGAUAACCGAUUCUCCGAGCCGAAUCGAGUGUCCCGAUUCAAACGAGGAGACAGUAACUGAUCCACCCGACAUGUUGACUACGAGACUCAAAAAGAUAUCUCCAUAUUGGAUAUUCGUAUCUGGACUUUUGAUUGGUUCGAUAAUUAGUAUGGUUUUGACUUACACGUGUGCGUCAAUUUCAAGAUCAAUUUUAUGUACUUUGCCGAAUAUACGAAGGCGUCAUGGUAGAGAAACCCAUGAUGAGAUAUCGCAACGAGUAUCGUUGCUGGAAAAUUGGCAACAUGGAACUGACACUCCUUCGUGUCCCGGAACUCCGCCACCACCUUAUAGAGAAGUGAUGUUGCAUUCGAGUUUAUAUCCGAGUGCAUCAACCGCCACUAUUUCCAGAAGCAACAUAGCCAACAUCCGGGCACAACGAUUUUGAUUACUGUACAUAUAAGAGAAAAAAUGGUCAAUUACAUUAUGCCGUUUAUAAUGAUCUCUAAGUUUUCGAAUGAUAUCGAUUUUGAGACUUUCGGAAAUGAAAGCAACACUUAUUCUUAUAGGGGAAACUUUAAUACUUCUUACUGUGAUGAUGGCUUAUUUCAUUUUAUAAUUAUUUUAAUUUUAAAGACAAUUAAAAUUCUAUGUACGUGAUGUUCUAUCAACAUCAUUCGUUUGGCAUAUAUGUACAUUUUACAUAGGAUUAUGCCAUUUUAAAUAUACUUAUACUAUAUUACAGUAUUUCUAGUCCUAAAGAGUACACGCACUAUAUUAGGAAUUAAAUAAGCCAGACUGACUUUGCA